AUGGGAUUUUUGAGUGGUGUUCUUGAUGCAGUGAAAGAUGAUGAUGCAGUUAAAACGUAUGAUAAAGAUACCACAAAAAACAUUAAUACAGUUAUUAAGACUUUGAAUGAUAAUAUUGGCUCCGGGCGUACUGGGCUUGCGGCGUCUGUCGGCGCGGUGAAGGGGUGGUUGGAGGGGUAUGGGAGGGAGGUGAAAGAAAAAAUAAAACAUGUAACUGCGCCUUUGAGAAAUAUGCAAGAGUUUGUUAUAAUAGAUAUUGAGACUAAAAUCUUAGAGAUGGAGCAUAAGGAUUAUGAAGAGAAUAUAGGUAAGUUGUCUACUUGGGCUCAUGAUCUUUCAGGUUUGACCGAGAAAACUCAAGACUCACUAAAUGCACUUAGCAAUAUUGAUAAACAUUUCAAUAAUGUCUUAUAUCAACACGUAAAUUCAAUUCAUCAAGCAGCUCACAGUUUCAGGGAGAACGGAAUUUCGGAUGUGAAUAAUCUCAAAGCUGUUUGUAGUAAUGUGAGUGUGCAAUUGAGAAAUGUGACAGCAGCCGUAAUAUCAUAUGCGGAUUGUGAAGGUGAAAAGUGCAUUACCGAUUUGAAGGAGGUAUUUACGAGACAAAUUAAGACGCCAAUCGAAAAUAUAAAGAUUCGGCUGAACAACCUUAAUGUUCAGUUGGAUGAUUGGAUCAUGAAGGCGCAGUUGGUUGUGAAUUCGACAAUUUCGCAGUGUACGGGUAUCAUCAAAAUCGUUCAAAACAAUGACCAUGGGCGCAUAAAAUCUGCAGAACGGAAUAACGUUGAAAAGGCGGCGACGGAACUGAAACAAAAGGCUGAUAAGCUUCGCAUUUUGGUAAUUGAAGCAAAAAGUGAAGUUCAAAGGCUUGUUAAAUCGGCAAUAAUUGCUGUAAACACAAUGAAUGAAGCCCUUAAGCGAAAUGUGCAAAGUUUGAAGGAUGAAAUAACGAAAAAAGUACAAGGUAUUAAAAAUAAAAUUGGUGAGCUUGGCAACCAGUAUGCCGAAGCCUCCGACCGCAAUUCCAUUAAAGGUAUUUUUGAGUAUAUUAAUAAACAAGUUGUAAGUAUUAAGAGUGGGGUAGGUUAUAAGGGGAACGAGAACAGUGGUAUAUAUAAGCAUUGGACGGAUCUCAAACCCGAAAUUGACCAACUGAUCAGAGAUCUUGCUGGUACAGAUCAAGACGAUGAUGACGAUCGAAAUGGUUAUCUUCAUGAUAUUGACGAAGGGGUCGGCAGAUAUGCCUUGCAGUUCAAAAUGCAAUUUGAAAAGGCGAUUAAAACAAUUGUGACAGCAAUGAUGGAAGGAGGAGAGGAAGAAAACAAAAUUAGAGGUUUCAUAAUAAAUGCUAGUGGUGGAGCGGGAUCAACUGAAAAAAUUAGAGCAGUGAAAACCGCAAUGACAAAUCAGAUUCUAAAACUUUCCGGCGCUGCAAAUAUACCUAACGCUGAACCUGACGAUGCUAAAAAAACCCUCGAAAGCAUCGUAACUUAUCUCAAUGAUUACGCCGAACAAAUUCAAAUGAAACUCAAUAUAUUAUCUGCAUUCAUUUUGUCGGUUGAAAAAGAUGACGCGUUAACUACAUUAAAUCACAAAGUAAGUCUAACGACGGGAGACAAAAAUCUGCAAUCUGCUGUGAGAAACGUACUAGCUACAGUGAAAAAAAUUAUAGAAGGCGCUAAAGAUGACGUUUCGCAGUUCAUAAAAGAUUCAAGUAUCGGCAAGCUCAACCAGGCUAUAGAGAAGGUCGAAAAUAUGCGAAAGACGUUUAAAUAUGAAGGCGUCACUGCAGCGCUCUCAGACGUGCUCCUAUUUAUUGAAAAGUUGCAUGACAGCCUCAGUACGACAACUGGCAAAGUCAGCAGCAAACUAAAAUCUGGUACUCACUACGCCGCCGAAGUUGAUGAAGCCAUCGAUCAGGUGACGACGAGACUUGAGCAGCAGAUACCUAGCGAGGGUAAUAAAGUUGACUUAAGCAAGGAAAAUGCUUUGGGGGAUUACACACUUCACGUUGAUCAAAAAUACAGGAGUCUUCAAGCCCUUGAAGUCGGUACAGUAGUAAGCUACGAAGCUGGCGCUCUUCCAGGCAAGAUUAUGGAUAUUCAAGGGCAGGUGAACGGGGACGACGUUUUGGGAAAAGUAUCUGAUGAAAACGAUACAACAAAUAUUCCCAGUAUGGGACAUGAUAAAGUAUACCGAAACACUUUCGACUUAUUACUUCAACAGAUUGAAAGCAAUAUGCAAACCUUCUGCGAAGCCGUCGAAGGAUUGGUUAAGACCGAUGCCGGUACGGUGAAAGAUGUGAUUCCAAAUAAAAGUAGAGGCGUGCAAAAUUUGUUAGAAGAUUUGCAAACAAUGAUCCAUUCUGACACGCUGUAUGGUACCCAGAUACAUCUUAGAGAAAUGUACAAGGAAAUUAAUACCAAUAUCAUUGGCGACGCCCGCAGCUAUAACAGUGACACAGUGCCCUCAAAUCUAACACAGAUAAUGGUUUUUGCAAAUAUGUUCAACAGUACUGCCAUUCCAAAUAGAAUCAAUGAAUGCAUUUCCGACAUCACCGCCAAAGUCAAAUACGAAGUCACCGAAAAAAUCAAGACCCUUAAAAAAUCGGCCCUCUCGCAGUUUGUAACCCGUAAAACUGCCGAGUUAGAGGAGCUGAAAAAGUUCGUUCACUACCAGAAAAAUAUCAUCAGUAAGACUAUUUUCACAAAUCAGACAACCGGCCUCAAGGGUCUGAUGAACACUAUUGGCAGCAACCUUCAGUCGUACAUUGAUCCACUGAGAUAUCCAAGCGUGAAAGAUUUGUCAAAACAUCUUGAUUUCUAUUUCAAUCCCCUCUUUACCCACAUCUCCACCGAAGCCUCCCCCUCCUCCCAACUGGUCGCCGGCCUCCAAGCCCGCACCUACGACCUCCUCACCCACCUCCACGACAACAAUCGCACCUUCACCUUCGACUCCGGUUUCCGCUCCCGCCUCCACUCGCUAACCUCCGCCCUGUCCACGUUCGACCCCGCUGCCUUCGCGAACCCGCACCACCCGCAACUCCUGGAUGCGCUGAAGGCAGGGAUGCGAGGGCUGGUAGGGGAGAUGGAAAAGGCGUAUGUUAAUAGGUAUGAUGGGCAUCCUAAGAUGGAGUGGGAGAAAGAUGUACCUACUAAAGAAUUAACCGCCGACGCUAAGCGCUGCGCUAAGGUGUUAUUGACCUGCCUGCCGAUGUGGUUGGAGGACCUCGGGGAGUUGAAGAGGAGGUGUGAACAUAGUUGGAGCAAGAAAGCUAUACAUCUUAAGGAUGAAAUUGAUAUAGAAAACCCCCUUGGUGAGUUUCUCAAGCAGUGCGGUUACCGUGUUCCUAGCAGUCAGAAGUCGCAUCAGGACGGGGAGCUGCAGUGCAGACAUACGUUCACUGGCAAACAUAUCGAUGGAAUUCUCGGUAAGAUCAUACAAAUGUCGAAUCUAGAACACGUUCCGCAGUGUAGAUCACGGGAGAAAGAAUGGAACUUUAAUAUCAUGGAUUUCAUAGCAUGCCUCUACAGUCACCUCGACGAGUAUAACGAAGUAUGUCAUCUAUCAACGUUAUUCUCCAAAAGGCAUCCGUGCAGUAUAUACGAAAUACUCUGCUGGUUUUCAGGGCUCCCUCAUAGUACCGUAUAUUCAGCGUUACCUGGCGGCAUCACCAAGCUGCUUGAUAAACCUAAGAAUCAACCGAUAGAUAGCGGUGACUCGGGACUUGAGAUCGAAUUCGUCAACCAGAAAGAGUUCUAUCUGGACGCAUACCCAACCAGGUUCACCUAUGAGAACAUCGAAGCGGUGCUAACGCUAAUUUGUUCCAAAUCAUACGACGUGUUGGCUAGAAUCGCCGGCACAGGUGAUGAGCACACCAGGUACGCCUGCGAAUACGCCAACAAUUCCCUCAAGCUGCAUUACCCUAAGACGGCGGACGAUUGCCUGUCAAUGUUACUUGACAUGUUACGUAGAUUGCUCUCCGUGUUCCGAUUCCUCGAAUCCAAGUGUAGUUAUUCGGCCGUGGAGUUCGGUUGGGCGGACUGCCAGUACGGUAAAAAUGUGCCUACGACCAAAUCGCAUUGUAACGACAGAUCAACGGAUGAAGCAACGUGCCAGGCAGAGUGUAAACCAAAGCGCCAGUCAAAGUGCCAACCAAAUUGCCAGCCAACUUCUCCAUUGAUGAGUUACCUAAAUGACUGUUUGCCGGGUCACUUGCCUCAUCAACUCACGAAUGUCGGCUGCAAACCUGAAUGCAAAACGUGCCCCGGUAAUAAGCCUGGAAUGCCCUGCUUAACCCCCAUUGGAUUCAGAGGCUUCUCAGGGUCAAUUAAAACGGGUGCACAAUUAUGUAGCAUUAUUAAAAAGAUAUUAGGCAACGGUAUGAUUGCGUGUCUAUUCACCCUCGCACCCAGGCCUCCAACUAACUUGCCGGAGCACUUCCAGUUUGCAGUGUCACUUGCCAAGGGACUUAGUGCUUCAAAGCAGAGUAAGGUUGACGGCAUUAAAACAUUGGCAGACACCAUCGCAGAUUCGAUUACCGAUCGCUCCAUCAAGCUUUAUGAAGAUACUGCUGAACUCGUCGAUCCUAUUUGUGAAGCUUAUGGUAAUAAAGGGAUAGAGCAUCGCAAGCAGAAGCCUGAUGCAAAACGUAACCUAUCGUGCAUUUCACUAACCAGUGCGUGUAUCAAUGAGGAGCAUUGCGUUCCUUACCUAUCCCCCCUAAGCUGCGACACUUAUCAUUACCUUGUCAACAAGCAAUCGAACUCGUACCUGUCAUGGGCAGUUUACUUGCCGUGGACAUUCCAUAAAUAUCUUGCAAGUCUACUCGACGCGUUUAAGGCUAUAAGAUGUGAAGACUGGGGAUGCAGUAACUGCUUGCAUACCGAUAUAUGCAAGGGAGAGAGUCAUGGUAUGCUUAAUCCAGCGGAGAAAGGAACGGGUUGCCAAUGUACUUCCGUUGUACAUUGCAACGGCGUAUCUCCAACGUUAUACCAAUAUGGGUUCACAUUCAGGGAUGCGCAGAAUUUGAUAUCGUUAAAAAGAAACUGCUUCAAUAUGCGAAGUCACCUGUACAAUGUUGUUAAUUCCGACUAUUUCACUGAACUAUUUAAGCAAUGCGACAUGUUACUGUGGAGAAUCCGUGAACCCUUCUCCUACCUUGUCCUCACCCUCUGGCUCCUUUCCCUCCUCUACCUGCUCCACAUCAUGGUCAUCCGCCUAGACCUGCUCCACAUCAAAUCGCAUUUGCAUAGUCCCUCAUCGCAUCGCAUCGCUGCUCAAUCACUACUCGCCGCAGCACGUGUUAACAAACUUAACAGGGUGUUUUACCUGCAACCAUAA